GCGAAACCAGAAACGCCCAGAAGCUCCUAACGGAACCGUUACGUGGCCUCCCCCGUACUUAACGGAAUGUGAAAAGUUGGCAGUGCAUCUUCUCGUACAACAUGGCAGGAUACAUUCUCCCCUAAUGUAAUGUACAAUACCACCUUCUAAGAGAGCAUCCAUUCGCCACUUGUCUUUUGAGGUUUAUGUCGUCGUGCCACACGCGGAACUCUCCCAUUGUGCGUCCUCGACGCCCCCGCCAAGAUGUCUACACUCCACCUGUACUGGCUCUCUGUAUAUAUAUAUAGUACAUAUAUAUAUUUGCGCAUUACUUGCAGAUGAUUUGUGUCAUUGAAAGACGAAACGCAGUCGCGAGCACUUUAUCCAGCUUUGCAGCGGUCUUCGCGUGCGCAUCACUCGCAUAGCAAGCGUAUCACCCACUCUUAUUUCCUGUCAUUUUCGCAAACUUCGCCUGCGCAUCACUCGCUGUAGCAGUUGCGAUCAGUCUUGUUUUCUGUAUCUGAUCUAUUGCGCACUAAUUGGACUUCCUGGUGGACGAUCGCAAUCGCUCGCAACCUCGCGAGGGUUGAUUUGACUCCAGAGAACGACAGUUCGCGCGCUUUCCUCCUGUUUUUUCCCGCCACAUCCGUGCGCGAUCCUUGCUCGUGAUCACAGUCGUCAUGGCGCUGUACCCUCUCUUUGCCCACGAUGUUGGUCUUGGGUCGAUGGCCGACACGGUGCGGCAGAUUAUUACCCUCGGAGAUGAAAUGUUGAGAACGCAGGACGAGCCUGGCCGUGCCUUCGUGAGAGAGUCGCACGCCAUGGCCAACACCGCGAUGGACGUGAAGGAAACGCCAACGGCGUACGAGUUCGUGGCCGACCUGCCUGGACUUAGCCGUGAGGAGGUCAAGGUGCAGCUGGAGAAUGAGAACGUCUUGGUCAUCAGCGGAGAACGCCAUCGUGAGACGAAGAAGGGAGAAGCAGGAGGAGUGAAGUACCAUCGCAUCGAGCGAAGCACUGGGAAAUUCAUGCGACGCCUCACGCUGCCAGACAAUGCAGCCGUUGACAAGAUUGGCGCGCAGUGCAAGGACGGCGUCCUCACCGUGACCGUGCCGAAGAUUCCGCCCAAGGAGCCCGAGAAGCCCAAGGUUAUUGACGUUAAAAUCCACUAGCUGAGAGUACAUGUCAGUCUGUGUGUGUAUGCGUGUGUGGAGAGAGAGAGAGAGAGAGAGAGAGAGAGAGAGAGAGAGAGAGAGAGAGAGAGAGAGAGAGAGAGAGAGAGA